ACAGGAACCGUCGGUCUCCACACACUCUCUCUCUCUCUCUCUCUCUCCUCCGUCCGAAUCAAUCUUCUUCCGUCCCACCCUUUCGCCGUUACGCGUGCUCGCUUGCUUCUCUGCGAUUUCGACAAUCUCCAUCACCGCCCUCUUGAAUUUCUCUCUCCGCCUCUCUCCGCUUCCGUCUCCGUGUGCUUUAGCUUGCCAUUCGCGAGAUCUGACGGCACCCGCGAAGAUCUCCAGCUGAAAUGUCCGACGUCUAGGGUUUUGGAUUUAGCCUCGCCCGCCGCUUUCCAAGGUUCCAGUUUCACCGAUUUCCCCGUUUCCGCUCGACCCUGAGGAUCUCCGAUUUCGGUUUUUGCGUUUCGGAGGGACCCUCGGAAUCGACCGAGCUUCGCUUGAUUGUGCGUUUCCGGCGCGCUCCGAUUCGGGAACGCGAUGUCACAAGGCUAUGCGAUCGAGCUCUACUUCGAUCCCGCGCUCGAGAACCAGGUCCUCAAGGCCUGGAACGUGCUCGCCCGCCGCCAAAUCAGCACUCAGCUCAUCGAGAUCGAAGCUCGCCCCCACAUCACCCUCUUCUCCACGCCCUUCGUCGAGCCCUCGAAGCUGGAGAGCGUGGUCCGGGCUUUCGCCGCGAAGCAAGAGCCCGUCCCUCUCUCCUUCUUCGCGGUCGGGAGCUUCCCCGUCGACAACAACGUCCUCUUCCUCGCGCCCAAGGCGAACAUGUCCCUCCUCCAGUUGCAUUCGCAGCUGUGCGACGCGAUGAAGAAGGAGGGCAUUGAAGUAGGGGAGGAGUAUCGCCCUGAAUCAUGGACCCCAUACUGCACGGUCGCACAGGACGUGCCGAAGACGCGGAUGGCCGAGGGAUUUUGUGUGUUGAGGGACUUGAAGUUGCCGGUGACUGGGUAUGGAGUGGAUAUUGGGUUGGUGGAGUUUUCACCUGUUAGGGAGUUGUUCUCUUUUGUGCUGGGUAACACUGUAGAAGCAUGAGAUUUUGAGAAUCAGUUGAUAUGAAGAUUUAAUUGCAUGUUCUUAUCUGAACAUGGUGCAUUUCUUUCUUAUUGGGUUUAUAACUCAUAUUGAUGGUGGUACUGAGAGAAUAGCCUCUCAGCCUUUUUCAUGCUUUUGAA